GCGUGCAUUCACCGCGCGCAGACAGACGCAUGGACCCAAGUGACGCAGCGCUUACAUCAUACACCUUCAAGGUCUGCAUGUUCCACCUGGUUGCAGUCGGCGGGUGGCUAAGGAGGCGUGAAAAAAGUCGAAGGACGCACUUUAGCGGGAUCCACCAAACCCACAGCCAGUGACCGAAAGAAGGAUUCCGCGGUCCAGAAUGAGCCCGCCGACGAGCGCAUGGGUCCGCCACGUGGAUGAAGACUCGAACAAGGCGUACUACUUCAACGAGACGACGGGCGAGACGACGUGGGAUGAGCCCAAGGACUUUGCGGCGAAAGCUGGCGGCGACGGCGAGAGCGGGAAGAAGCGCAAGGCCGAGGCCAUCGAGGACGACGAUGGCUGCCUCUGGGUCAAGUACAUUGACCCGACGACCCAGAAGCCAUACUACUCGGACAUGAACUCGGGCAAGACGCAGUGGGAGGCGCCGACGUUCUACACGUCCGACCAAGGCGAAGACGACGACGAAGAAGAGGACGAAAACAUCGAGGAAGAGUACGCCUUUGGCGCGAUCGCGGAUGCGCCCAAGCCGACGCCCGUCGCUGAUGAGAAGGCACCCGACUACUACCGGUACAUCGACGCGACGUCCAACAAGCCGUACUUCUUCAACGUGCACACCAAGGAAACGACGUGGGAAGAGCCCGUCGACGGUGUGAUCAAGGACGGGUCCGCGAUUGCGAGCACCGAGGUCGUCUCGGGCAGCGCCAAGUACCAAGAAUGGAUGAACAAGGCAGCGGCCGCUGCUGCCAACUCGUCGGCGGCCAAGGCGCAGUCGGCGGCGACGGCAACCGCACCGACGACGUCGGCGCCAGUGGCGAGUGCAAACGACCCGGUCAACCGCCUCAACUCGAUCCUUGGCAACGUCGGGGCGUCGGGCAACACGGCGCGCUGGCAGCAGCACUACGAUACCAACACGCAGCGCUACUACUACCACGACUCGGAGACGGGCACGACGCAGUGGGAGGUCCCGACCGAAGGCGGCAUCGCGGCCGGCGUAUGUGAACGCGGACUGGGUCCCGGUGGAUGCGCAAGCGGCGGCGGCGAACGCGUCGAUUGCGUCGCGUGUGGGGUAUGACUACUCGUCGACGGCCGGCAUGAGCCUCGUGAGCGGGCGGUUUGCGAGCGCGGGCCUCGACAACGACUACUGGGCCAAGGCCGGCGUACCGAGCGACAAGGCCGGGCGCCAAAUGAGCAACUUCUUCGACAUGACGGCCUUUGAGGCCAACCGUGCGGAGGCCAAGCGCAUGAAGGAAGCGCUCCAGAAGAAGAACGUCGACUGGAAGAAGGUCAACGCGGAGAAGAAGCGCAAGCGCCACCGCAUCCGCAACAAGUGGAUGUACGAAGACUAGGCGCUUGUCCCGACACAAUCGCUGAUAUGUAAUGCCAUUGAAUACCACCGCUCCUCCCUUGCAGCUACAUGACCAAGCGUUGUUUUGCCUCCAUGCUUGUGCUCGUGGCUGACCGUCCAUGGAACCAUGCAUGCUGCUGCGCCAGCAUCCGACGCACCGCGUUGCCGGAAUCACUUCUGCUCGCUCGUCGUGCCGAGAUCAUCAUCGUCAACGGCGCGCUCUCUGCGCAAUGGAGCUCUCUACCACACCGAUCGUCUGGCGCUUCCUGAGCGCGCUCGCUCGUCCUCGCCAGACGUCGCGCAUGCCACAAGGUACACUGCGAUCCGUGCAAAGAUCGCGGCCCUGAAGAGCCGGGCUAAAGCCACGUUCGUUGGUCGUUCCAUUCGUCGAUGGCCACUUGGCCUGCGAGCGAGGAGCCUUUCAUGAGGCUCAUACGGUCGCUGCCAAGGCGCUGGCAUGGCCAUAGCCAUGGCCAUGACCAGGCGAGGUCUGCCUGCGAGCGCGACGACGCCGGCCGCCACGUCGGAAAUCUGAUGGCGUUCGACGCUGCGAGUAAUAUAAAAUGGCGUAUCCUGUGUAACGGCGGUGCAAUAAUAUUCAAUAAUUUUAUUCGCUUG